CCCCCGGGCAGGGGCAGAGCCGGUGUCACCGCCCGCCUCUCCCCUCCCCCCGCCGCCCUAUGGCGAGAGGGAGCCCCCUCCCCACCCGGGCACUAGCGGCGGCGGCCGGAGGAGCGGGGCCCGCGGAAGCGGCGGCGGCGGCGGCGGCCUCAGGCCCGGGGGCAUCAUGGAACUGACUCGCUGACCGACCCUCCGGCCGCAGCCGUGAGUCCCGCCCGAUCGCCCGCGCCCGCCGGCCCGGUUCCUCUCUUCUCUCUCCUCAGUCGGCCCAGUCCUCGUCCCGCGCGUCCCGCCGCCGCGCGCUGAGAAAAAUGUGGUGGUGACGGGCCCCCGGAUGACCCCGAGUCACCGCUGUGAGGCCUACAGCUCUGCCGGGGAGGAGGAGGAGGAGGAGGAGGAAGAGGAAGAGGAGGAGAAGGUAGCUACAUCAAGCUGGGAGGCAGGCAGAUCCAAAGGAUAUCAUGAAGUUUCCAGGGCCUUUGGAAAACCAGAGGUUGUCUUUUCUAUUGGAAAAGGCAAUCUCUAGGGAAGCUCAGAUGUGGAAGGUGAAUGUGCCGAAAAUGCCUACAAAUCAGAAUGUUUCUCCAUCGCAGAGAGAUGAAGUGAUUCAGUGGCUGGCUAAACUCAAGUACCAAUUCAACCUUUACCCAGAAACACUUGCUCUGGCUAGCAGUCUUUUGGACAGGUUUUUAGCUACUGUAAAGGCCCACCCAAAAUACUUGAGUUGUAUUGCAAUCAGCUGUUUUUUCCUAGCUGCCAAGACUGUUGAGGAAGAUGAGAAAAUUCCAGUACUGAAGGUUUUGGCAAGAGACAGUUUCUGUGGGUGUUCUUCAUCUGAAAUUCUGAGGAUGGAGAGAAUUAUUCUGGAUAAGUUGAAUUGGGAUCUUCACACAGCCACACCAUUGGAUUUUCUUCACAUUUUUCAUGCCAUUGCAGUGUCAACUAGGCCUCAGUUACUUUUCAGUUUGCCCAAACUGAGCCCAUCUCAACAUUUGGCAGUCCUUACCAAGCAAUUGCUUCACUGUAUUGCCUGCAGCCAACUUCUGCAGUUCAAAGGAUCCAUGCUUGCUCUAGCCAUGGUUAGUUUAGAAAUGGAGAAACUCAUUCCUGAUUGGCUUCCUCUUACAAUUGAACUGCUUCAGAAAGCACAGAUGGAUAGCUCCCAGUUGAUCCACUGUCGGGAGCUUGUGGCACAUCACCUUUCUACUCUGCAGUCUUCCCUGCCUCUAAAUUCCGUUUAUGUCUACCGUCCCCUCAAGCACACCCUGGUGACCUGUGACGAAGGAGUGUUCAGAUUACAUCCCUCCUCUGUCCCAGGCCCAGAUUUCUCCAAGGACAACAGCAAACCAGAAGUGCCAGUGAGAAGUACAGCAGCCUUCUGCCAUCACCUCCCAGCUGCCAGUGGGUGCAAGCAUACCUCUGCUAAACGCAAAGUAGAGGAAAUGGAAGUGGAUGACUUCUAUGAUGGAAUCAAACGGCUCUAUAAUGAAGAUAAUGGUUCAGAAAAUGUGGGUUCUGUGUGUGGCACUGAUGUAUCAAGGCAAGAGGGACAUGCUUCCCCUUGUCCACCUUUGCAGCCUGUUUCUGUCAUGUAGCUUUCAGGCAUGACCUUUAAGUGUUAAGUAAGGUAGACUACUCUGGAAAUGGGAACAGAAAAUCAGGAAAGAUUGUAUUAAGUUAUAUACCUUAUCAGGCUGAUUUGAAAUGAGCCAGAAGAAAAAACCCCAUUUACUUGUAUGGCUAAUUAUAAUUGAACAUUAUUUAAGCACUUAAAGCCCAAAAAAGAAGUAUAAAAUUCAAAAGAUCCAAAACUUUUCUAAACUAAAAAGUUUCUUUGUGGUGUUUGUCCAUUCUACCCUUUUCUCUGAUAAAACAUGAUGUAGAUUUCCCAUGUGUCAGAAUUCACGAUUUUUUUUUACAUCCCCAAAUUCAUGGUUAGCAAACCUCAUCUGUCCCGUGUCCUGAUUUAAUUUCCCUAUUGCUUUGGCUUGCUUCUUUGAAUACUUAUUAAAUUUUAUGCAUGUUGAUCGAUCUGUAGCCUGACACUGAUUAGGAAACCCUCGUUAAUUUUUAGCAAUUUACUGAGCAAAUUAUUACAGUGAGACAGCCAUGAUUCAUAUUCAGAUUAAUCUGAAAAGGGUACUUGAGAAUUGCCCCGUGAGUCAGAGGUGAUAAUAGGAAAAGGAUUCACAUUACCAUGGUUUUGUCUCAAUUUCUAUUAGCUUAGGAACAAAAUCGUUGUUUUCAUUUUUAUCUGCAAGUGAAGCUUAAAAGUGGCACGUAAUUAGGACACUCAGAUUUGUUGAAAGCAUUUUUAACAUUUAUAUAAAAGAACUCGUGAUAAAGUUACUAUAUCCAGAUGCUCACCAAAGAGACAUGCAACAGUUAAAAUAGGGGGCAACUGAUAGUUUUCAUUCAUAAUCAGUGAGAGAGACUAGAUGUUGGGGCAGCUCUGAUUUGGGUCUGUAACAUGUAAGAACUGAAUUCAGUACCCUAGUUUUAUGUUAAACCAUUAGGAUUUUCUUGAUAGUCAUUUCCCCUGUCUCCCCAGCCUACCUGUAUUUCUUUUAAUGACUUUUGGAUCCUGAGCUCCCUGUUCAGUCUGAUGAAGGUAUUUCAGUCAGAGCCAUGUACUGAUGAUAAACGCAUCUGGUAGCAAUAAAAGUUGUCCUUAACCUUUGUA